AUGUCACAGCAAUCUCCAUCGGCUGCCGACCACUCCAAUGCAAUUGCAAAUCUCAAUGAAGAAAUCAAUUUCCAAACAGUUUUGUUAAUUUCCUUGGACGAUUCUGCAGAAGAUCAAUCAUCGCGCAAAGCGGAAAUUGAGGCUGAGAUUGUCAGUCUUCAAGAACAACUCAAAAACCUCUCGAGCAUUCAAGCCGCCUUACCCACACACACCCGAGCACCUUCUAUUUCGCAUAAUACCUCGAAUGGACUCAAAGAAGAAGGCGAGUCAAUGGGGUCGUUAUCCUCCACAGCUUCGACACCUGGUUCUGGAGUAUCGAUGGGUGAAUGUUCCGGUUCAACUCGAGUUGACCUACCUACUCGAAAGCGCAGUCAUAGCAAGCAUCUAGAUGCAUUUGCACCAUUUGAAGAAACCAAAUCUCGUCGAACAACACCGAGUCCUUUUGCAACAGGUGUAACAACUCCUUCGGGAAGCUCAGGGGAUGAUGAAAUAAUCUUUGACCCUUCCUACGCCAUACUCCAGAGACAGGAAGAACAAAGAUUACAGCAGGAGAGAAAAGAUGCAGAGCUUGCUAGUACCCUUGCAAACUCAAAUAAAUUUGUCUCAGGCUCUCCAAUCACUAGCUCGAAGCCUUCGGCCUUCAGUAAAAUGCUGGGAGUUCAUUCACAAGCUUCUACCUGUCGUGAGAAUCAGACAACUAAGCCCUCCCCUAUGUCAAAUGUCUAUGGUUCCCACGCGAGAAGCCUUCCUUGGAAAAUGGCCCUCAAUCCCGGUUUUAAAGCCGAGCCACAAACAUCAACUUCCUCUCAACCUUUAGCAUUCUCUAGCACAGGCUUUAGCGGAGCUAGAGGUAAACACCAGGAAGGGGUUAAUAAUACCACGAACCCUAAUUCUACAUCAAUGCAAACAUCAAAGAUGCCUGGUGCCUAUAUUGAAGAAUCCGCUAGUGAUUCGGACGUUGAGAUUAUUGACCCUUCGGCAUUUAAAGAUAAUGGUCGACAGAGAGCACAGAGAGCCACAGCUUUGAAGACAGCGAACGCUUAUAGUCAUCAAGGUUCAAUUUAUUCACCGAGCACCCACGCUUUAGGAGAGAGAGCUCUCAGUCACCCAGAAACUAGCCGGCAGAAUUAUCUACACGAAAACAGUCGUGGAUUAUCUGGCUGGGCACCAGCAUUCUCUAUGAAUACUAAACCCUCAACCGCCACGCUCAACAGUUCAGGUAGCUCUGGCGUGCAAGGCUUUGGUCGCCCUAGUACCACGAUGGCUCGUCAUGAUCAAUUGCACUCUCUUCCAGGAAAUGAUUUUGCAGGACCAUUCCCUGGAAAUAUGCAUUCUGUGCAUUCGCGUGCCAAUAUGCAUAGGGUAAGUUCGGGACUCACUGUCGACUCUUUACCAGAAUAUGGCAUGGGUAAAACUAAUCUCAACUCCGUGCAACACGGCAUGGCGGGUAACAUGGGCGAAUUUUCAGACUUUAGGCCGGAUUUUGGUCUUUCCAAUCGGUCCUCAUCCACCGAUGGUAUGACGGAUCAAAUGGAUCACGUCAUCAACGAUCCGAGAAAAACAGAAAAGGAGAUCAAAGACUUGUUGGAGAACAUCAAAGCUGAGAUUGAAAUUCCGCUGGAGAGUCGAGAGGGAACCCCUGAAGGAUUAAGAUAUCCCUUGUAUGAGCACCAAAAAAUUGCUUUGACAUGGUUGAAACAAAUGGAAGAGGGUACUAACAAGGGAGGGAUUUUAGCAGACGAUAUGGGUCUAGGCAAAACAAUCAGUACUUUGUCACUCAUAUUGUCACGACCAUCAGCCGACCGUGCUUGCAAGACUACACUAAUAGCUGCGCCUGUUGCGCUUCUCCGUCAAUGGGGUAGCGAGAUAGAUUCGAAAACAUUGCCGGCCCACAAACCCAGCGUCUACAUGGCCCAUGGAAACAGCAAGAAAGUGACCUGGGAUGACCUUCGACAGUAUGAUGUAGUCCUAACAACUUAUGGAACUCUGGGUGCGGAAUAUACUCGCCUUUUAAAGUUCGAAGAGGAAUGCAAGCAGGAGGGAAUUGUCGACCCGGACGCGAAACAAAUGGCUAAAGACUUUCCUUUUUUGGGUCCGAAGAGCAGAUUCUAUCGUGUGAUCCUCGACGAAGCACAAUGCAUCAAAAAUAAAAGCACCAAAGCAGCGUCUUCGGCUUGUAGAUUAAGAGCCCUGACUAGGUUUUGCCUCACCGGCACACCGAUGAUGAACAACAUUACGGAACUUUAUUCGUUAAUCAAAUUUUUGCGUAUACGACCUUACAACAUUUGGCACUCCUUUGUCAAAGAUUUCGGCUGUCUUUCGAAGGGAAGUUACUCAGAUGAACAUAUUCAAAUAACCAUGCAACGCCUACAAGGUGUUUUGAAGGCAAUUCUCCUCCGAAGGACGAAGAAAUCCGAGAUUGAUGGGAAACCUAUUAUUGUCUUACCACCAAAAGUCGAAGAAAUUGAUCAUGUUGUUUUUAGCAAAGAUGAGUGGGAGUUCUACGAAUCUCUCAGGGACAAGACCCAGCUUCAAUUCAAUAAGUACAGAAAGGCUGGAACGGUUGGGAAGAAUUACUCAAAUAUCCUGGUCUUGCUACUUCGCCUUAGACAAUGCUGCUGCCACCCUCAUUUGAUUAUUGAUCUCGAAGCAGCAGCCGGCUCGGCAGAGCUCACAGAGGAUCAGAUGAUUGAACGUGCCUUAGCCCUCGAAUCAGAUGUGGUGUCGAGACUCCUUGCUGCAGAUGGGUUCGAAUGCAAUAUAUGCUACGAUGCAACCCCAAAUCCCAGCAUCAUCAUCCCUUGUGGGCAUGACAACUGCCACGAUUGCUUGAUGUUGAUAUCCGAGCAGGCGAAGCAAGAAGCGCAAGGCAAUGACGAAGGUCGCGCCACAGUCAAAUGUCCAAGUUGCCGUGGAAAGCUUGACAUGGCAAAUCUUAUUGACUACAGAACUUUCAAGAAGGCACAUAUGCCACCGGUUGAGCUCGAGAGAGAAGAGAAUGUCGAUAACGUCAGCGAACUUAGUGAUGUAAGCACCGAUAGUGACAGCGACACGGACUCUGACUCUGAUGUCGAUACUAAACUUGAUGAUGUUGACGAAAAUGGCAACCUGGACGGUUUCGUUGUGCCUGAUGAUGUCGAAGAUGAUGAGGCUGAGCAAGGUGAUGAUGAAACUGAUGAUCUUGACGAUCUUGAAUUGGACGUUCUCAAAUCCAAGCCAAAGUCGGAGUCCAAAACCAAAUCUAAGAACAAAGAGAAGAGAAAUAAAGGUAAAAAGGUCGGAAAGCAGAAGCAGCAUCUUUCGAUAGCAAUGAUGAAGAAAGAGGCUUCCAGAUCGAUUGCAGGUCACAAGAAGUACAUGAGAUAUCUUCGAAAGAACUGGCAAUCGUCAGCCAAAGUCGAUAAAUGCGUGGAACUUCUCGAGAGAUUUCAAACAGAAGGCGAGAAGACGAUCAUCUUCAGCCAAUUUGUCACCUUUCUCGAUCUUCUUCAGGUGCCAAUUGGAGAAAAGGGUUGGAAAUGCGAGCGUUAUGAUGGUAGCAUCAAUGCAAAACGCAGAGACGAUGCAAUCAAGCAAUUCACGAACAAACCUGAUUGUAAUAUCAUGCUCAUUUCUCUCAAAGCCGGUAACGCGGGGCUCAAUCUUGUCGCCGCAUCUCGAGUUAUUAUCCUGGACCCUUUCUGGAAUCCAUUCAUUGAAAUGCAAGCAGUAGACCGUGCUCAUCGCAUUGGGCAAAUGAAACCCGUUCAGGUCCAUCGAAUUUUGAUACAGGAUACAGUCGAAGAUCGUAUUAUGGCGUUGCAAAAGCAGAAGAAGGAGUUGGUGGAGUCUGCGCUCGAUGAGGGUGCUAUGAAGACCGUUGGGAGACUGGAUGAGAGGCAAUUGGCUUUUCUUUUCGGUGUCUGA